GUAUAUAUAAAUAUUUGUUUUCAACGAUUUUUCUUUGGUUUGAUCUGAAUUGAAAUUUUUCAUUCGAAAGUUUUUUUUUGUAAGCAAAUAAAAUCAAAAUCAUGGCUAAAAUACGACCGAUAAUUUAUUGGAUGCCUGAAAGUCCACCAUGUCGUACUGUUUAUGUUGUUACUAAAAUGAUUGAUUUUAAAGAUUUUGAUUGGAAAUUGAUUGAUCUAACAAAAUCGGAACAAACAUCGGAAGAUUAUUUAAAGAUCAAUCCAUUUCAUACGAUUCCAGGUUAUUUUGAACCACCAGAUCUUUAUCUAUAUGAAUCACGUUCGAUUGCUCGUUAUAUAAUCGAAACAAAUAAACCAGAAUCUCCAUUAUAUCCAUUGAAUGAUGUUCGAAAACGAGCAAUCAUUAAUUGUUGUAUGGAUUAUGAAUUGGGUACAUUAUUUCGUGCUAUGAGUGAUGUUAUUCUUCCCAUAUUCAAAUCUGGACAAGGUUUACCUAAUGAAGAAAAACUUCCACGUUUCAUUCAAGUAUUGAACGAAUUUGAAAAAAAUCUUGAACAAAAACAAUUGAAAUAUUUGGCAGGUGGAUCCGAAAUAACAUUAGCCGAUUUGGUCACCUAUUUUACGUUGAUUAUGUGUGAAGCUACUCCAGAAUUGAUUGAUUUAAGUCAAUAUCCAAAUCUGUAUUCAUGGUUAAAUCGUAUUGAUAAAUUUAUUAAAGAAUUGGAUUCUAAUGGCGAUAAUGCUGGUGUACUUGCUAAAGCACAGAAAAAUUUCUGUGAUUAUGCUAAACAUUGUCAACAACAAGCUCGAAAAGAUAAGAGUUCUGAAUAGUAAUCUUAUCUUAACAAAGAUGAAGAAAUUUUUUUAAACUUUUAUUAAUCAAAAAAAAAAGAAAAGAUUCUGCGCUCAUUUUAUCCAUUGAAAUCCUCCAUGUGCAUACAUAUGCAU